CAGUGAGCCAAAACUCGCCUAAAUAUACGAAAUGAUAUCAUCUGUUUUAUAACAAAUUUACGUAAGAAAUGAUACGCCCAAAUAUUCAAUGUUGUUCAUAAAAGAAAAGAAGUAAUUGCGAGACGAAUCUUCCUGGGGAUUUUUCGAGUUACUUUUGUUCAUAAAAAGACAGACAGUAAUUUAUCGCAAUAUGGUUGCCGUGAGCAGCAACCAGUUUGUCGUGUUCGCUACAUUGUGUUCAAUUAUCUGGCAAGUUGGGUUCGUUUUAGGAGGCGCGAUAGGUAAAAAAGAAUGUAACGAAGCCGUUGGUCUACAAUCAGGAGACGUAGACGACAAAGACAUCAAAGUCAGUAGUAAACGAAAAGAUUUUGAUGUCCUAGAUGCUUGGUGCCCGUCCAUUAUAAACAGAAAGCAAUAUUUCCAACUCAAUUUGGGGCUCAAGACAAAAAUAACCAAAGUGAGCACGCAAGGGAGACUGGGAGAUUUAGACAGACAUGUUAAGUCCUACAGACUGUAUUAUAGUAUGGAUGGCCACGACUGGAGGGUAUACAAGAGGGAUGGUGUGGAUAAGAUCUUUAAAGGGAACAAGAAUUCUUUCGAUGUCGUCGACCAUAACAUACAUCCAGCUAUUGUGGCAAAAUACAUCAGAAUAAAUCCAACAGCUUGGAAAAAUGACAUAUGUUUAAGGGUCGAGUACUACGGCUGCGAUGCGUGAUGUUCUUUCAAGUAGUCAAGAGCUUCGAAGACUUCGCUAACAAACGCAAAUAGAACACGCUUCAAUUUACGGCAAUGAGCUAUUUCACUUGUAUUCCACGUUAGAAACUCUUUGAAUAAGUUUACGUUUACGUAACUCUUCCCGUUACGAAGCGUCUUCCUCAAACUGGUGCAUGUUUAAUAUUACUUUUAGUGGAUGAUACUCAGUGGGAUUUGGGAGGACUUCCAUUUGAAAAAGGUAAAGAUUCUAGACGAUAAUCUCAAUCAUUCCAAUCGACAGACUCAUGUCCUCGAUGAUGUCAAUAAUUCAUUAAUAUGUAAACAGUUUUGAGUGUAAACAAUAGGGUAUGUGUGUUAUUUGUUCAUUGAGAACAAAAGUCGCAAAAUGGGAUAGAGAUGAAUAAUACACUACAUAAUUAAAGCAGAAUUUUUUGUUUAACAGGCUGCUACAGACCUAUAGCUGUAAAUAAUCAUUCAUACAACUACAACUAGAAAAAGAAAAGUAAUAUUAACUAAAAUUAUAUUCUUCAGAUGUUUUUAUAGUUAGAAAA